AUUUGUUUUGAGCCGCUGCGAGAAAAGAAAGUUCUUGCAGCCCAAUUUGCUCAAAAUUCGCUAAUUGCGUCAAUUAGCGUCCAGCUCGUUUCAGUCCGCGCUUCUGUCCGACUAACCGGGACCUCUCAAGGCCCGCAUGUCCACGAGGAUCGAUCCCACGGCCGCGAAUCGAGGGCCAGGAGGGAGUUCGAGUGAUUGUGAGGCUUAUCAGCCACCGCCGCCGCCGCCGCAGCAACAACAUCAGUUCUAUAAUCAGUUCUACAACCAGCAAAAUCAACAUCACCAAUCCAAUGGGUCCCCUUACCAAAACUAUGACCCGAGACAAAUGAACUACAACAAUUUCCAUCAAGGCAGUCAUCAGCAGCAGUACCAUCCUCAAUGGUGUCCACCCCGACCUUAUUACAACAACAGUCAAGCAGAUUACGCAGCUCAUUUCCCUCAGCAGCAGCACCAGCAGCAACAGUUCUACCAGCAGCCAGAUCCGCAGCGGCCCUCGUGGCCGCCUGUUGAGCGACCGCCGCACGCCCCACUGGACAGCCUGCAAAUGCUCGUCAAGGAAAACGGUCCGGUGAACGGAGACAAACGGCCUCGGCCGUCGGACGAGGGGGCCGACGGAGAGGGACGCAAGAGAAGGAGAAAAUCGGACCGGCCGACGAGGAUCAGCAACGGCAGCACGCAGUCGACUGACGAGCCUCCAUCGACGGAGCCGCCUUCUAAAGAGCCGCCCACAGAACAGCCGCCUCCAGAGCAGCCACCCCCAGUUGAGCCAACACCCCCAGUGGAGGAAGCCAACCCCAAAGAGGGACUCGUGGAGACUGAGACGCCCUUGGAGCCUCCUGCGGUCAACGGAGCGGCGGAAGAGGCUGCCAGUGACCGGUCAACGCCUCUUUUGGAAAUUCGCACUGACGAGUCAAACGAAGCACCUCUUAGUCAAGGAGAGCCAAGUGAAUCUCAACCACCAUCCACUCCAACCAAACCAAAAAACGAUGACGCUCCUGCUGUAGAAACAACCGAACCAACCCCAGAGACUCCUGUGGUUACGCCCAAAAAGAAGGGUCGGCCGAAGGGAUCAAAGAACAAAAACAAAACGGUGCGCAAGAAAAAGAAGGGGGUGGAGAUGGUCUUAGACGAUGAUGAAGAUAUUGGCAAGAAGAAGAACAAGAAGAUAACAAAGAAGCUGGGAAAUGAAGGAAAGAAAAAGGUGGUUGCGAAAGCAACUGAGCCGCCCCCGCCUGAAGAGAAACAACUGCCUAAGGGCCCAUUGGUGAGGGUCUCGGGCGACAAAGAGACUGUGGUCAACUCAGGAAAGUCGGAGGAGGAGCUGGGCAAGAAGCCGCGCUCCUGCUUCAACGACACCGAACUCAGAACCAAGGUCGCUGGAAUGGGUUUCAGCUCGGCAAUGGCUCAACAAUAUGACGCUUUUACUAUAGACGAAACCUGGGUCUGCGCCUUCUGCAAAAGAGGUUCUCACCAGUAUGGCUUGGGUGAUCUUUUCGGUCCUUAUUUCGUCCAGACGGCAAAGAAGAAAAAGAAGUUUGAAGUGUGGGUGCACGAGUCUUGUUGCGUCUGGGCGCCUGGCGUCGGACUCGUUGGACAAAGACUUAUUGGCCUGCAAGAGGCCAUCUUUUCCUCAGCUGACAAGGAGUGCGAGGUGUGCAAGAAAAAGGGAGCAAUGAUAGGUUGUGUGAAGAGGGGAUGCGAGCGGAGAAUCCAUUUCCCAUGCAGCGAGAACUGGUACUUGGACAAAGAGAAUUUCGUUUCCUGCUGCCCGGAACAUGAGAGGAUUCCACGAGAUCCUCAAACUCUGUUGCAGAAGAAGUGACGACCCUGCGGCAGCGCCAGGCCGGCUAGUAGCGUUCCAUGCUGCGGAUGACGGCCAUCGUGAAUUGUUUGGUUGUGGCCUGGCCUCCGAGGUCCUUGGUGCGCACUUUGCCUGCCUUAAGAACCAUCUCCACAGCAUUCCUCACCAUAUCACCGUAAUACUGAAGAUUCACAUGAUUCAGCAGAUUGGCAGACGUGAGCAGCAUCGCCGUCGGGUUAGCCACGUUCUUGCCCACGGCCUCUCCGUAGGUGUGCCUCGCGCCCUGCAUUGGAAUAAUUAGUGUAAUCCGGUAAUAACGGGACCGACGUUGAUGUUACCUGUUCGAAGAGCACGCAUUUGUGACUGAAACUGGCGCCGGCGACGAGUCCCGCGCCGCCCACCAGUCCAGCCGCCAAAUUCGUGAUGAUGUUGCCGUACAGGUUUGGCAUGACGCACACGUCGAAUUGCCGAGGGUUCGAAACGAACUGCAUGGUGCAGUUGUCCACGAUCAUUGACUCAAACUUGAUCUUCGGAUACAACUUGGCGACCUGCGACCGAACAAAGUGGUUAUUAUUUUUUACAAAACCUCUGUGACAGUUAGUUGGCAGUUUGUAUGAAUCCACCGACUAAUGAAAAUAAAAAAAGCAAAAAAAAAAUAUCUGUAAA